UCUGGAUCUGUCCGACGAACAAACAGCGUGAAGCUCUCUGCGUGCAGACGGGGAUUCCUGCAAAUACUGCUCUGCAUUUUCACUUUCACCCACUCGAACAUCGUUGACGGGGACGAGGAGCCAGCGCUUUUGCAUCUUGCACAGUUUAACUCGGACUUGCAGUGGUUCGAGUCGGAGAGACGGUCGCCACUUCCAGGAAUGUCGCAGAAAGAGAGACCGAACUUCUACCGACAGGAGGUCAACAAGACCAUCUGGGAAGUCCCGGAACGCUACCAGAACCUCUCCCCUGUCGGCUCUGGGGCCUACGGAUCGGUUUGCUCUGCGUUCGAUGAGAAAACUGGGUUGAAAGUGGCAGUGAAAAAGCUCUCGAGACCGUUUCAGUCCAUCAUCCAUGCCAAGAGGACGUACAGAGAGCUGCGGCUGCUCAAACACAUGAAACAUGAAAACGUGAUCGGCCUCCUGGACGUGUUCAGCCCGGCGACCAGUCUGAAGGAGUUCACUGAUGUGUAUCUCGUCACCCAUUUAAUGGGCGCUGACCUCAACAACAUUGUGAAGUGUCAAAAACUCACAGAUGACCACGUGCAGUUCCUCAUAUACCAGAUCCUGCGGGGGUUAAAGUACAUUCACUCGGCCGACAUCAUCCACAGAGAUCUGAAGCCCAGUAACCUGGCUGUGAAUGAAGACUGUGAGUUGAAGAUUCUGGACUUUGGUUUGGCGCGGCACAGUGACGAUGAGAUGACGGGUUACGUCGCCACCCGUUGGUAUCGCGCCCCGGAGAUCAUGCUGAACUGGAUGCACUACAACAUGACAGUGGAUAUCUGGUCCGUCGGCUGCAUCAUGGCAGAGCUCCUGACCGGGAGAACGUUGUUUCCUGGCACCGACCAUAUUGAUCAGUUGAAGCUUAUCAUGAUGCUGGUCGGAACCCCGGGCUCCGAGCUCUUGAUGAAAAUAUCUUCAGAAUCUGCCCGAAACUACAUCAGCUCCCUGCCUCAGAUGCCCAAGAGGAAUUUUGCAGACGUCUUCAUUGGCGCAAAUCCACUCGCGGUGGACCUGCUGGAGAAGAUGCUGGUUCUGGACACAGAUAAGCGGAUAACGGCAGCCGAAGCCCUGGCCCACUCCUACUUCAGCCAGUACCACGACCCGGACGACGAGCCCGAGGCCGAGCGCUACGACCAGAGCUUUGAGAGUCGCGAGCUGGAGAUCGAGGAGUGGAAACGAUUAACCUGGGAGGAGCUGUGUAGUUUCGAGCCACCAAUCUUUGACGAGGACGAUGACGACAUGGAGUGAAGAGGUCUCUGGACGCCGCUGUGACCAUGUUACCCGCCUUGAAGUUUAGUGUCUUUCUCUCACCAGCCUUCUUCACGUCUCGACUAUUUCAGGGGAUCAUUGCUAUUUUAGUUAUUUAUGAACCACUUAUGAAUUGCUGGAGAAGCUCCAUGUUCAGAUUCUAACAUUUCUCUGUCUAGAAUUUGUCACUGUGACUCUGCUGAAACACAAUAGCUGUGCUAGUUUGUGAUUGGUUAAUAGUUGACAGAUGAAUUUAACACCGCCCUGUCGGUCAAUUCCUUGUUGUUUAAAUUGGCCCUGGACCUGUAUUUUAAUGGUAUUUAGAUGAUGUUUCACUAGAUGGAAGCUAGCGUUCUACACUUGUGAUUAGCUGGUAGAAUUCCUGAAGAUGAUUUCUGAAUGUGCUCAGCCAAAAUGUGGGGGACUAAAGGCCUGAAAAUACACGGCUUCAUACUCUGCUCUAAACAUGUAAAUAGUUGUGCCAUAUCUUUUUUCUUUUUUUCAUCAUUGUGGUUUGUUUUUGUGGUUUCGUCCUCAAACACUGCAAGCAUGUCCUGUUUGUUGGGGUUUACUGAAAUAUGAGAUGCUCAGAUCUUUAAUAGAAUUACACCUUAAAUGUCAAAAAAGGGAUAUGAAAUGUAUUUAUACUUUGUAGCAGUGGUAUUUAUAAAUCAACAUUUGAAGCAUUCUUUCACUUGUUGAGUCAAUUACGAUCUUCAGUCCUUUCUUUAACGAAAUAAAGCUAUUUUUAA